AUGAAGAUCGAGGAUGUCCGAUCGACAGCGAAAGCACAAAGAAUUGCGGCGCAUUCUCACGUGAAGGGUCUUGGGCUCAGCGCAAAUGGAACCGCGGCUCAAAUGGGUGGCGGCCUUGUUGGCCAUGAGCAAGCACGGGAAGCGGCUGGCGUGGUAGUUGAGCUCAUCAAGUGUAAGAAAAUGGCAGGCCGCGCACUCCUCAUCACGGGAGGAAUGGGAUCUGGAAAGACUGCCCUUGCUCUGGCAAUUGCGCAAGAAUUGGGUACCAAAGUACCGUUCUGUCCUAUGGUCGGCUCUGAAGUGUAUUCUAGCGAGGUGAAGAAAACAGAGGUCCUCAUGGAGCAUUUUCGGAGGGCAAUUGGGCUGAGGAUCAAGGAGAAUAAGGAAGUGUUUGAGGGGGAGGUCAUCGAGCUCACCCCAGAGGAGACGGAAAAUCCUCUUGGAGGUUACGGGAAAACAAUAAGUAAGGUCGUCAUCGGCUUAAAAACAGUUCGCGGGACAAAACAACUCAAGCUUGACCCUACAAUUUACGAGUCCCUUCAAAAAGAACGCGUUUCCGUGGGGGAUGUUAUUUAUAUCGAGGCAAAUUCCGGGGCAGUGAAGCGGGUGGGAAGGAGUGACGUUUAUGCAACAGAGUUUGAUCUUGAAGCAGAAGAAUACGUGCCACUACCGAAAGGAGAUGUGCACAAGAAGAAGGAAGUCGUCCAAGACGUAACGCUGCAUGAUCUCGAUGUCGCAAACGCAAGACCACAAGGCGGUAGAGACAUUAUGAGCAUGUUGAACCAGAUGGGCAAGCCGACGAAAACAGAAAUCACUGAAAAGCUACGGGCGGAAAUCAACAAAAUCGUUUCUGGCUACAUAGAUCAAGGGGUUGCCGAGCUUGUGCCUGGAGUUUUAUUCAUUGAUGAAGUGCAUCUCUUGGACAUUGAAUGCUUCGCGUACUUGAAUCGCGCGCUAGAGUCCAACCUCGCACCGAUCGUUAUUUUCGCAACGAACAGAGGAAUGACUGAGGUCCGCGGAACAGAUAUGCGUGCACCACAUGGAAUUCCUGUCGAUCUGUUAGACCGUUGUAUGGUCAUUCGAACCGGGCCAUAUACGAUGGAAGAGAUCGCUGUCAUCAUUCAAAUUCGAGCCAAGGUUGAAGGCGUUGUCCUAAAAGACAACUCCGUGGUCACAGCUCUUGCAGAUGUGGCUGCACGAACAAGUCUGCGAUACGCAACGCAGCUACUAACACCAGCAAGUAUUCUGUCAGGUGUAAAAGGACAAGACCAUUUGACAGCUGAAGAUGUAAAAGAAGCAGACAGUCUCUUUUACGACGCAAAGGCUUCUGCCAGAUUGCUAAUGGAAAGUCCUUCAAAGUACAUAAGCUAAACCGCUUCAACCUGCCUUUAAAGGCCAUAAAUGUGAAUUUCAAGUUUUCUUGGCGGAGAGAACAUGUAUCUUUGUAGAUCG